GCAGUUCGACGUACUAAAUCAGUGGUAUCAACCCUUGUGCAUUAGCUAAGAAUUAUUACACUGUCACAAUGGCAAAUCUGAUAGCCGACAGCAUUGUCGCCAGCUGUCCAAUAAAAAGUCCAGCUGAUAAGUUCUUCAAGUUCUUUAGGUACAGUAUGAAUGAGAUCGUCAAGAUAUUUCCGGCAGCCUUCACCGGAGUUCAGCUGCUCGAAGGAGAGGAAGGGACUGUGGGUUGUAUCAAGCGCUGGAAUUAUAUUGUUGGCGGAAUUCCACUGACCGCGACGGUGAAGAUAGAGGCAAUCGAUGAGGCUGCAAAAUCCAUAACAUUUGCUGUGCUGGAAGGAGACUUGCUGCUGCUGUACAAGAGCUUCCAGGCCACACUCACCGUCAGCGAAGGUUUGGCCAAAUGGACAUUUGUGUUCGAGAAAGCUACUCUGCUCACCCCACCUCCCGAGCUCUAUAUUCCCCUCGCAGUCACUCUCUGCACUCUCGUCGAUGCUUUUCUUCUCCUCAACUGAGAAACCCUGUUCAGAUGCUACAACUGAAGCUUUCUUGAGUGUGUUCAAAUCUACCACUUGUUUGAGUUGAUUAUGUCUAUUUCCAGAAUUCUUGCUGCUUAGUGAGAAUUUUAUCUUUUUAUCGUGUGUGGAAUAAACAUCCUUGAUCUACA